AUGACAAACUUUUUAGGAAGAUGGUUCAACCCAACCAUUAUCAAAAAAGAAGAAAGGUUUCCAUCAUUUAGUGGUAAUAGCUCAGCUAUAAGUUCUUCAGAAAGAGAGAAGCAAAAUAAGGGAAAUACUAUUGUUAACUAUCAAGAACGCUUUAACGAUGAAGAAUCAUUUAUUUCAAAUGAUAAAGAGUUGGAACAUGUUUUCAAAGAUCCAAAAAUUGCUGAUUAUUACAGAAAGCUUUAUGAAAGUACAAACUAUGAAUGUAGAGACUGGUUUGAUCCUGAUUAUACAUGGACACCAAAGGAAGAACGUAAAUUAGUAUGGAAGUUAGAUUGGUAUGUCACAUUUUGGGCUUAUUUUAUGUUUACUGCUUUAGAUUUUGAUAGAUCAAAUAUUGCUCAAGCUUUAUCAGAUAAUAUGUUGGAUGAUUUAGGAUUGAAUACAGGUCAUUAUAAUAUUGCUAACACUAUCAACUUGGUUUGUUUUUUGUUUUCUGAAUUACCUUCUCAGUUGAUUUCUAAAAAAUUGGGUGCUGAUGUCUGGAUCCCAACACAAUUAAUUUUGUGGAGUACAGUUUCAAUUGCACAAGCCGGUAUGAAAGGAAAAUCUGGUUUCUAUGCUACGAGAGCUUUGAUUGGGCUCUUCCAAGGUGGAUUUAUCUGUGAUACCUGUUUAUGGAUGUCUUAUUUUUAUACUUCAAAAGAAUUACCUUUUAGAUUAUCAUUAUUUUAUAUUGCAAAUCCUUUAACUUCUGUUUUUUCAUCAUUACUGGCUUUUGCGCUGCUUAGAAUUAAAACUUCAUUGAUGCCUCAUGGUUGGCAGUGGCUUUUCAUUGUUGAAGGUGUUUUCACUUUUUUAGUUGGUAUUGUAUCGUUCUUCAAAAUGCCUCCUUCAGCUGUUCAGACUAAAACAUGGUUUAGAAAGAAAGGUUGGUUUACAGAUCAUGAGGAAAAAAUCGUUGUUAACAGAGUCUUAAGAGAUGAUCCUAGUAAAGGGGAUAUGAAUAAUAGAGAACCAGUAGGAUUUAAAGAAUUGAUUUCCACAUUACUUGAUUAUGACCUGCUGCCGAUUUACUUUGUUAGAAUUUUAGGUGAUAUUGGUACAUCUCCAGUCUCAAACUAUAUGACUUUAACAUUGAAAAAACUUGGGUUUUCAACUUUAAACACAAAUUUACUUACAAUUCCAUAUAACAUUUUAACUAUAUUCACCAUGUUGAUAAUUGGUUAUCUUUCAGAAAUUGUCAAAUCAAGGGCUUUGAUGAUUGGAAGUGUUUCAGUUUGGAUUAUUAUAUUGCUGUUCCCAUUGAGAUUUUGGUCCGGCUCAGGUACUCAAGUAUGGCCUACAUAUGCUAUUUUAACUUUAUUAUUGGGUCAUGCUCCAAUCUGGCCACUCUCUAUCAGUUGGUGCUCUGCUAAUUCAAAUUCUGUGCGUACUAGAGCUGUUAGUGCUGCUGUUGUUAAUAUAUUCUCACAGGCUGCUAGUAUAAUCUCUUCUAACAUUUAUCGACCAGAUGAUAAACCGUUUUAUAAAAGAGGUAACACUGAUUUAAUUGGAGUUGCUUUUGGUGCCCUUGCUAUGUGUGUUUUAGCUAGACAAUAUUAUAUUUUUAGAAAUAAGCAAAAGGCUAAAAUAUGGAAUUCUUUCACUGAUGAACAAAAAGAAACUUAUAUUCAGGAAACUACUGAUCAAGGUAACAAACGAUUAGAUUUCAGAUUUGUAUAUUGA